AUGGCACGGCUAAUGACUGGACCGCUACUAAAAGAAAUCGUCGGUAAAAUGAAUACAGUAAUAACCAAGGAGAACCCGAAUCCCUUGAAACUCUCCAUAUACAGUGGGCAUGAUUUUACGAUCGGAAAUGUGCUGAAUGCUAUGGGGUUAUAUGAUGGAAACUGCCCCGUUUACACGGCCAAAAUCUUUUUUGAACUGAUGCAAGAUAAAAGCACAAUGAACGUGCAAAUGGUGUAUAGAAACUCGACAGGAACAGCAGAGCCAUACAUUCUUGACAUCCCCGACUGUGGACAGAUGUGCCCAUUUGAUAGAUUCGUGGAGUUGUACUCAAACCUGGUUGACGUUGAUUGGCAUACUGAGUGUACAUAUCAGAUACCGUGGCUUACUGAAGCAUUGUUCUCGAUGGAUGGUACUUUUCAUUCUGUUAUAAAAAUUAUAUUACAUGAGAGUUCAUGCUGGAGAAGAGAGGACGACCGGCAGCUCGCGUCCGUAGGAUCUACCACCCUAUCCUGA